AGAGGCCACCUCAGAGGAUCAGGACCCUCAGGUCUGGACUCGUGGUCACCAUGAACAUUCCUCUCUGCUGACGGUAGCUGGUACCUGUCACCUACUCAGAGUGUCACAUGCCGCAAGCCAGAGGGUCUUGGCAGGUCUCAGCACCUUGACAUCACUUCCUUGCUAUCACUCAGAGCAGCAGUGACACAGUUCCCUUAUCUCAGGCGGCCAGAAGACGACUGUCAAAGGUCACAGGGAAAUCAAAGGCGGGGUACAGGGCCAGAGGGAGGAGGGAACUACUUCCCGGUUGCUCUCAGACGCUUCGGAGAUCCUCUGGAGGCCUGGGGAAGCUUUAGAGUUCUUUAUUUCAGUAGGUCCCUGAGCUCUGUGAGUGGCGGGGGUAGAGCCACCGGGGGAAUCCACAGUGGUUUCUCGUGCCCCUCAGGGUCAGGAGCAGUCUGAUCAAAAGGAGGCCAUCCACUGUCUGGGGCCAUUCCCACAGCUCCCGGAUGCUGGGUCUGGAGGCUGCGCCCUUCCCCCCCAGGAGCUCGGCCCAGUGGCAAGUCCUGUUUCUGCUGAAAGAAGGGCAGCCUGAAUAUGGCCAAUUACACGCUGGCACCAGAGGAUGAAUAUGAUGUCCUCAUAGAAGGUGAACUGGAGAGCGACGAGGCAGAGCAAUGUGACAGGUAUGAUACCUGGGCGCUCUCAGCCCAGCUGGUGCCGUCGCUCUGCUCUGCUGUGUUCGUGGUCGGUGUCCUGGACAAUCUCCUGGUUGUGCUUAUCCUGGUAAAAUAUAAAGGACUCAAACGCGUGGAAAAUAUCUAUCUUCUAAACUUGGCAGUUUCUAACUUGUGUUUCUUGCUUACCCUGCCCUUCUGGGCUCACGCUGGUGGCGAUCCCAUGUGUAAAAUUCUCAUUGGACUGUACUUUGUAGGCCUGUACAGUGAGACAUUUUUCAAUUGCCUUCUGACCGUGCAAAGGUACCUAGUGUUUUUGCACAAGGGAAACUUUUUCUCAGUCAGGAGGAGGGUGCCCUGUGGCAUCGUCACAAGUGCCGUGGCGUGGGUAACAGCCAUUCUGGCCACUGUGCCCGAAUUUGCGGUUUAUAAACCUCAGAUGGAAGACCCGAAAUACAAGUGUGCAUUUAGCAGAACUCCCUUCCUGCCAGCUGAUGAGACAUUCUGGAAGCAUUUUCUGACUUUAAAAAUGAAUGUUUCGGUUCUUGUCUUUCCCCUAUUUAUUUUUACAUUUCUCUAUGUGCAAAUGAGAAAAACACUAAGGUUCGGGGAGCAGAGGUAUAGCCUUUUCAAGCUUGUUUUUGCCAUAAUGGUAGUCUUCCUUCUGAUGUGGGCGCCCUACAAUAUCGCACUUUUCCUGUCCACUUUCAAAGAACAUUUCUCCCUGAGUGACUGCAAGAGCAACUACAACCUGGACAAAAGUGUUCUCAUCACUAAACUCAUCGCCACCACCCACUGCUGCGUCAACCCUCUCCUGUAUGUCUUUCUUGAUGGGACAUUUAGGAAAUACCUCUGCCGUUUUUUCCAUCGGCGUAGUAACACCCCACGUCAACCCAGGCGGCGGUUUGCACAAGGCACAUCGAGGGAAGAACCUGACCGUUCCACCGAAGUGUAAACUAGCAUCCACCAAAGGCAAGAUGACUAAACAUGGAUUUUCAUCUUUUUGCAUUAUUUCACUUAAAUUUUUUACACACUUGUUUACAAAAUCGGAUACAGGAAGAAACGGGAAAGGUGAGCUAACAUUUGCUAAGCAUUGAAUUUGUCUCAGGCACCGUGCAAGGCCCUUUACAAACGUGAGCUCCUUCGCCUCCAACCACUUGUCCGUAGUGUGGAUGGGACUAGUCUCAUUUCUCUGAGAAGAAAACUGAGGCUCGGAAGUUUGUCUAAGAUCACACAAGUAGGAAGUGGCAGAACUGAUUCUCCAGCCCUGGUAGCGUUUGCUCAGAGCCUACGCUUGGUCCGGAACGUCGAACUCCAAACGCUGGGGACAAACUGCAUGAAAUAAAUGUAUUUUAAAACAUCUA